AUGGGGCCAAAAGGGGCGAGAAGGGGCCACUUUGGGGCCAAAAAGGUGCUGCUCUGGGGCCAAAAGGGCGCGCCGCGGGGGGCUCGUCCCCGGGAUGAGGGGGGGCUGGGGGGUCCCGAGGCCGCCCCCCGGUGCCGUCAGUGGGGUGCUGAGGGCUCAGCACCCCCCCGCUCCGUCCCUUCCUCGCAGACCUUCACGGCGUGGUGCAACUCCCACCUGCGGAAGGCCGGCACGCAGAUCGAGAACAUCGACGAGGAUUUCCGCGACGGCCUCAAGCUCAUGCUGCUGCUGGAGGUGAUUUCAGGGGAGCGGCUGCCGAAGCCGGAGCGGGGCAAGAUGCGGGUGCACAAAAUCAACAACGUGAACAAAGCCCUCGACUUCAUCGCCAGCAAGGGCGUCAAGCUGGUCUCCAUCGGGGCUGAAGAAAUCGUGGACGGCAACGCCAAGAUGACGCUGGGCAUGAUCUGGACCAUCAUCCUGCGCUUCGCCAUCCAGGACAUCUCGGUGGAAGAGACCUCUGCCAAGGAGGGCUUGCUGCUGUGGUGCCAGAGGAAGACGGCCCCCUACAAGAACGUCAACGUGCAGAACUUCCACAUCAGCUGGAAGGACGGCCUCGCCUUCAACGCCUUGAUCCACAGACACAGGCCGGAGCUCAUCGAGUACGACAAGCUCAGGAAGGACGACCCCGUGACCAACCUGAACAACGCCUUCGAGGUGGCGGAGAAGUACCUGGACAUCCCCAAGAUGCUGGACGCCGAGGAUAUUGUAGGCACUCUCAGGCCCGAUGAGAAGGCCAUCAUGACUUACGUUUCCUGCUUCUACCACGCUUUUUCGGGUGCUCAGAAGACCCUCCUCACUCUUUCUGUCGGUGCCUGGCCUCCACCUCCUCUUCCCGGACCCUUUCUGUGCCGCCUCCAAGCGGGGCUCGCUCCCCGGGCUUUCUUUUCUGCCUCAGCCCCGUGUUCCUCGCCCUCCCGCCCCGAGGGGCUGCCCUCGGGGACGAGCAGAAGACCAAGGACGGUGCUUGGAGGCCG